AUGUCAGUUAACUGUGUUAUCGAUGUUGCGUAUCUAAGCUUCAUGGUGCUUGUUGUUAUUCCCGGCACCUAUAAAGAUGGAGCAUGUAUCAACGCUAGCACUGUUGGUAUUGCAGCAGCCGGCCUUGCUCUCGGUCGCGUCGACCGAGAUCCCCCCAAGCUCGGACGAUUUCGGAAAAAACCCUCCCCUCUGCAUAAUCAAUGCGCGCAUACAAUAGACUCGCCCGAAUCUCCGUUAUCUAAUAAUGUUCGCCCGAUAUCUCUUCAACCCGCCGUGGCGACAGAAGAUCCCUCCGAGAAUCCCAAGUCCAGCCCCGGAAAAUCAAAUGGCGUACCCAAUGAAGACCACCCUAGACCUAUUACUUCGCGGAGGAAAUCUUCUCUUGCAGGGAUACUAUUACGUCGCCGUGGCCAAACCCUGUCAAAUCCACCGCUGCGCAUCGCGGAGGAUUCGUCGCCGGUCUCCCAUAGCCGGCAACCAUCCUCGUCUUGGAUGCGACGUUUAUCAUUCCAACCUGAGAACCGUUCUUCUUGCCAAUCCCCUCAUUCUCCAUCGAUAAACGGUCCUGCGAGCCCGGGGUUUGGUCCUUCUGGCCAGCGUCGAGCGCCGAAUAAACUUGUUAAGCGACCUCCAUCACAGCACUCAGCCGCUAAUCCUCUCUUCUCGCACCCUCCCUCUCCAACUACAUCUACACUACACAGACCGGCGACGAGCUAUCAACGGCGCGAGACUGGGGGACACAAGGCGACUCAGAGUUUGUGCUUCGAGCCCGGUUUGGCACCCGAUUCUUCAAGCCAGGCUCCGGUCGGACUCUCCACAGACAAUGGGGUUUGGCGGCCAUAUUUAAACGCGGACCCAUCCAUGCUUCCUGACAGGCCGAUUCGCAGGUUCUCAACUACAACAAAACCCAGAGACCAAGGUUUACGGCGAAUUAUCCCUCGAGUGGACACUUUGCCGGCUCUGCUUCUGGCGACCUCUCUGAGCAACAAGGAACCUAAACAGAGUAUUCACCCCGAGGAAUCUGUCCCUAGCUCCCCGGUCGAGUUUCGUAACCCGUUCGGGCCCACCCAAACUAUAUCCCCGGAGCCCAAACCCCAUUCCUCGGCAGAGACUAAGGGUCGCCAACUAUCGUUGACUGGUGAAACAGAUCCUAAAGCGCCAGUACCAAGCCCGCAACUCGCGGACGGCUCGGCACUUGAUAAUGACUCUAUCGCGCAUCCCAAACGCAGAGCAAUCUCUUCCCCUCUACCUAACCUAUCCAAAUUGGAAGGAGCCCCCUUUCAUGCUCAGCGAUCUCGUGAGAGACGGAAUAUAACUGACCCAACCGUCUUUAAUCGUUCCCACCAUUCACCCCGGGUGGAAGCCUUCCUGCCACUGACCUCGGGAGUCAUGGCGCCACGAAACAAAACAAUCUCCCGUUCUCGUGCCAAUACAGGUCACUCCCAAGACUUCGGACAAUAUCCGCUUCCAUCAGACACGGUAGCUUUGUCUAGUUUGUAUGGCUCUGAACGUCUUCGUUCUAAGCGACAUUCGAUCGCCGCCUCUGAUCCCGCCUCCACGGUUAUCGGAUCUGAUGAUACCCGUAUCUUCACAUCUGGUGACGAAGAUGACACGGACUUUUUGAGUGACACCGCUUUCGACUCCAUUCGCACGCAUCUUACGGCCAACAGUACCACCGGCCUCCAGGCGCCCCGGAUUGAAGCCAUCUUUGACCAGGGUAUACCGUCCUACUGCAGAAAUCCCGAGUCAAGCAAACCCGGCCAUCCCCACCAAACCAACAGCCGUAAUCCCCAAGCCAUGAUAAACGGUCCUCAUGGUCACGGCGAAGAUACGGGUUCCAUUCGCUUCUCUGGUCCAUGUGCCCGGGAGGCCGAUGGCCUGGAAGAUGGCGACAGCAAGAUUUCCUUUCCAUCCGAUCUUACGGACGAUGAGGAUGCUCUCAGCCUUGUCGGUGCGUUGCCCGGGGAAGCAGGGGAGCAGGUACUACAGCCUUGCGAUUCGCCAAAAAGACCGACAUUCCCUCCCCGGAUCGCCGGAUCAAAUGCGCGGGACUUGACUCACGAGUCCCUGGAUUGUUACCCGAAAGUAAACAUAUUCGACUGGUCCGAACAGCCAAAAAACGAUCGCGAAGCUCCAGGGUCCGAUGGUCGACCACGCACUGUUCACGGCAAACACGGGCCUGAAGCUCGGGGCAGUCGUCCCCACGGUCGGAAGGCGCCAAACACGUUGCAUCUACGAAGCCAAAGUGUUCCCGUGUCAAGAGAGCCCCCCACGUCUAACGAAUCACGUCAAACAUCCGGGAAAUUUGGAACUUGGGGCCUUGGGAGUAAAGGGGUAAGCGAGGACUGGGAUAGUGACUUUGAAUUCGAAGAUGGGAACGACAGCACCGCCGGCGAGAGUAUUAAGCCAAAUAGGAAUCCUGAUGUUCCGCAGCGUGGUAUGCUCGUGCCCCAGGCGAUAAUGGACCGCCAAGCGAGUCUCCAUGGGCAAUUUGGACAGGUGCAAGAGUUGACCCUAUUGGUUGAAGAACUCAAACGCCUUCGACAUCAAGCUAGCUUUCUCGGUAUCGUUCGUGGCCCGUCGAGUGAGCUAUGGAAGGAAGCAGAGGGUAUAGUCGACCUUGCCACACUUGAUGACGAGGAUGCAAACCACUCGCCUCCGGGAUCGCCCUCUUCUCUUACCUUCAGUUUUGAUGAUUCUGAGGGCGAAUCCUCAACAAACGACACUUUCAAGCGGGCGAGUGGAGAGUCCUGGCAGCCUUCCUUUUCAGAGCACUCAAACUCCAUGCACUCCCACGCAGCGGAUGAUAAGGAAAUCUCCGCCAAGGCCAACUCUGUUUUAGAUUUGAUCUACCGACAACGAGUGUCCCCCGACCCGACUUUGACCGAAACUCAGUUGCCGAAGUCCAAGAAGCUCCCAUUCGAUACGCAGUCUCUCCGCGAUCUAGUCAUUCGCGCUGGCGUUGUCACACGUGCCUUGAAAGAAGUGAUUCGCAAAGCAGAAGGGGUUGCCCUCGACCCCAGCGAGAUCAUCCAUGCUCCCAACCCGCCAUUCAGUCGGAUCUUCAAGAAACCCUCAAGUGAGCAUUUGUCGAACUUUAAAACUCGCUGUGCUGCUUGA